AUGCUGAGCAGCCUACAAGCACGAGCUCCAGAUAACAUCCAGCCUCUCGUCGGUUCGCGUACCUGUUCCUUGCUGGGUCGGUGCAGCUUUGCUAUGGGCAAGAACAAGGGCAGUUCCAAACAGAAGAAAGACAAGGCCCACAAGCGAAGCAAAGACAAUGAGGCGCUUGACGCAGAGAUUGCCGGGCAGGUCAAAGAAGUGGAAGAGCGGCUGCAGGCGCUCACCGUCGAGAUGAAGCAAGUAGAGGGAAAGAUCAAGCACUGCCUUUUGGAGGGCAAACGGGCUGAGUUGACUGAGAAGGAGCUGCAGCCUAUGCCUGAAGAAAUGAAGGUCUAUAGACAGGUGGGCAAAAUGUUCAUUCUGCAGCCCAAGUCCGAUCUAGCGAGGUCCCUCAAAGCUCAGGCGGCACUCAAGACUGUGGAAAGCCAGACUUUGAAGCAGGCCCUGAAUAAGAUUCAGGAGAAGGUCAAGAGCGAAGCCAAUGGACUGAAGGAGCUCAUAGGCCCAGAGAGGAUGAAGCAGCUCUUCCAGUCUGGAGGCUCUGCCGGCGCUGCCGCCGAAGGCCCCGUUCCAUCAGAGGAUGCGAUGAUGCCACUCUUUGGAAAGGCAGAGUCCAAGCCGGACUCCAAGGCCGAAACUUCAGACAACAAGACCAAGAACGGGACAGGAGCAGAAGACAAGGUGAGCGAGACGGAGAAGGCUCCUGCAACCGUGGAGGUGUGA